UCCCGCAUGGGUAAAGAAUUAAAUUCCCAGCUCUAACAAAACCUGGCGUCUGGGCAGUCAAAGAUAAUAAGAGUGAGAAAGUGAUUGCUAAGACUUGACAAUCAAGAUACUAGCCAAAUGAGAGAGAGAGAGUAGUUAGUGCAGAGUUCACAAUGGUGCAAAGAAACAUUGUGAAGUUGAGUACAAUCCCCAUAACCAAUGAAAGAACGAUAAUCACCAAGAACGGCAAGUAAGAACACUGUCCAGGAGAAUAAAAUAGUUAAAGACCUUUGAAGAGACUGAGAAAAGCCGAAAGCUUGGAGUCAUGAAAGUGUCUCUAACCUUUGCGAGCAAUAGCAAUACAGAGUUUGGAAACUCGCCAGUAGCUAUGAUGAGGAAGGACAAAAAUGGGAGGGAAAGGAAGCUGUUAUAGAACAUUAUCUCGAUCGAGGAAAGCCCAUCUUGUGCACCAGACUUCUCCACCAGCAGGAGGUACAUUGUCUGCAAUGCAAGCAAUGAGGAGUAAAAAGCUAUAUUUGUUAUAGCAUAUAGAUUGAACGCAAGAUAAAGUAAACAAACCUGGAAAAAUACAGAUGUUAAAGCCAAACCAUAGCCGAAAAGAUCAAAAGAAAAAUCUCCAAGGGCUGCAAUUACACAACCUGCAGCCGUCAGUAGUACAGAUAGAACAACCUGAACAAAUUUGAAACAAGAAUAGAUUCAAACCUUCUGGCUGAGAAAGAAGGUCUUAGACACUGUCUUCAAUACUAAACCCGUCUCUAGUCCAUUUAAGGAAGUUGGGCCCAAAAGACCCAAUUUGAACGGUCAUCACUCAGCUCGUCAUCUUCUGGUUUUACUUUUAAGAUAAAAACUACUCCUAAUAAAAAUAAUAAACUAAAAGUUAAAAUAAUGAAAUAAAAAAAAGUAACAAGACCUAUACUGAUCAAAACCUAGUGUAGUCUUUUGGUGUACAGAGUGUAGUCCUUUAGGAUAGGAGAUGGGAGUUUGAUGGAAAAGUUGUGUAAGAAAAAGAUGAUGCGUCUUAUUAAUCUGAAAGAUUCACAUCAUUUUAUAGAUUUUAUUAUAAGAUUCGAUAUAUUUUUUUAUAACGUAACUACAUGUAUAUACAGAGAAAACAGUGUAACGUUAUCAUCUUGAAGAAAAUAUUAAUAAGAAUACAUUAGUUUCCCUUUCAUCACUCUCUCUCUCUACUCUGCUCUCAACAAUGGUGGUUCCUCCUCCAAAACCCUCUCUGUUUCAACUGACAUUUCUUACCGGAGACAAACCGCUUCUGACGCUUGAUGAUGAGUUCUUACGUAGUCACACGAAGGUUUUGCUAAUAUCAGAGGCCUCGGACAAAAUUUGGGAAGUGAAACUGGACGGCAACAGGCUCGCCGGCGGCUGGGAAGAGUUCGCCGCCGUUAGUAAUUUCAGCCACGGAGACGUCUUGGUUUUUAGACACAAUGGAGAAGAGAUCUUUCAUGUGGCUGUUUCCAGUGAAUCUGAUGAUGACGAGUCCGAUGAUACUGACGACAGUGAAUCUGAUGAGUCCAAUGAUACUGACGACAGUGAAUCUGAUGAGUCCAAUGAUACUGACGACAGUGAAUCUGAUGAUUCCGAAGAUAAUGAUGAAGGGGACAGUAGUUUGGUGAACAAGAGUGAGAAACCAGAAGCAGAUACUUCAUCAGACUAUUUCCUCAGAGCUCGUGUCACUCCUUAUAGCCUCACCAAAGAUCGUCUGGAUCUUUCUAGGGAUUUUAAGUUUAUGUCGUUUGAUGAGCACAAGAAACCGUUUGAGAUAUAUUUAGUUAAUGAGAAAGGAAGAAAAUGGACGCUGAGGCUUUCAAGAAACAUCUCAAGUGGUGCGUUUUACAUCACAAGAGGCUGGGCUAACUUUUGCUCAGCUAAUGGGUUGAGCCGAGGUGACUUUUGUUACUUUAAACUUUCCGAAAGUGGGGAAAGGCCUGUGCUUUUGUUGUGUUCACACGAGUCUGGCAAUGGCCAUGAAGACAAAGAAGAAGAAGAAGAAGAAGAAUGCCCUGAAGCAGAUGCAGUGAAGAUAUGUUCUGUAGGAGGCUGCAGCAACGAGAAGAACACUCCUUCCCGCUUUCUGACACGAAAAUUUACACCAAGCCGUUUCAAGACAGGGCAACUAUAUAUUUCAAUGCUUUCAUCGGGUGUCUUGCGUGAGAGUGGCAUUAAGAAGUCUGGGAAGAUAACUCUGCUGGACAAUGAUGGGAGAAAGUGGCCAUCUUAUCUACACAAGACAGGACAAUCCGGAGGUGAAUGGUGUUACAUAAGAGAAGGUUGGAGAGAGAUGUGCGAAGCGAAUGGAGUUGAUGUGAAUGACUCGUUCGUGUUGGAGUUGAUAUGCGAAGAUGCAAACCCUAUCUUUAAGUUCCACUCUAAGAUUAAAAACAAGGGAAAAGGAAACAUUGUAACUAGUAAGAAGAGAGCUCUACAUGCAAGGACUGCGGAAAAGACUCCAGGAGUAGAAAUAGAUGGAGAGAGGGGAAGCAAGAGAGGACGCACUAGGGGUUCUCAACCAGAAUCUUGCUCAGUCUCUGAUCAAGUGGCUAACGUGAGACAAAGCAUUCAAGAUACUCUGGACACCAUCAGACAUUUCAACGCAGAGCUUAAGACAAGGGAGAGGAAUCUGGAAGCUUCACUACUGGAAGUUGACGACUUAGGUGAGAGGAUAUUGGGAAUCAGCAAAAUUCUCAACAAUAAUCUGGUUUAGAAUAAAAUUAAAUAGCGGGAGAAAAAUAAUCAAAAGACUAUCUGCAUGCACUUUUUGUAUCAUGGUUUUCACAAGAACGGCUUCUUCCUCAAAACUCUACGUUAGAUUUCCUUUUCAA